AAAAUUUAAAUAUAAAAAUAUGAAGGAGCAGAAUAUGGGAACCUGGACAGCUGUCAAGAAGAUCUCAAAUAUCAAGGGAACUGUGUCGGGAGCAGAGUUCAAUCAGGACCUGGAGGAACACUGUCAGGGAGUUCAUGGGAAUAUUCAUCUCUCUAUCCAUCCAGAGCAGGGAGUUAAACUCAUCUCCAGGAGUUAAACUCAUCUCCGGGGGUUGAACUCUCUCCAGGAGCUGAACUCCGGGAGACGGGAGCUUAACCGACCACCAUUUUGAAAUUGUUCUCGUGGAGCUAGUUUAAUCUUGUAAUCUUGUUCCAAAUUAGCAGUUCAACACACAAAAUGGUUGAAAUCAAAUUGUUUCAAUUAAAAAUGGCGCUUCAUUUUGUUUGUGAUAUUAUCAUCGAGCAUUUCUAUUUCAAUCAUGAUUUUAUUCUUGUAUUUAUUCGUAUUUGACAUUUUAUUUAAUCAUUUAACCCUCAAGUUCUCCCAAGUGCCUUACCAAUUGUGUCAAUUUUUAUUCUACUAACAUUUUUGAUUAGUUCCUAAUAAAUUUAACUACAUCCAUUUAUAAAAAUAAUUUGCAUAUUUCUAACAUGAUUUUAAUACAUUUCAGAGAAAAAAUGUCUGUUCGAAACUGUAUCAGGUUGGGUCAAAAUUUAAGAUUUGAUAGACUGAGAAGCACUGUUGGAGGUUACAGAUUCCUACCAGGUUUUAGCCUGACCCUCAAAUCUUCUCCAGGUUUUAAUCAUAACCUAUCUCCAUCAUUCCCAGUAAGAUGUUUUGCUGGCGAGGCGAGGAAUAUCGAGGAUGAGAUUAAGAAGCUUGUCAGCAAGGAAAAAGUUGUUGUUUUCAUGAAGGGUGUACCUGAUGCUCCUAAGUGUGGAUUUAGUAAUGCAGUUGUACAGUUUGAUUAUUUAAUUAAGGUUUACAUGGAGGGAGAAUUCGUUGGAGGAUGUGAUAUUUUGUUGCAGAUGCAUCAAAAUGGAGAAUUAGUGGAAGAAUUAAAGAAGAUAGGUAUUACCUCUGCCCUGUUAGCUGAAGAGGAGAAAAAAUAGUAAACUAGAAUCUUGAAAUUUGGAAUUUUGUCGAUAUUGUUUUUUUUUUUUAAUAUCUUAAAUUACUCACAGUUAUAUACGUAUGUAUUAUAUGUAUGUAAUUGUGCAAAUGUACAUGAAAUAUGAAAUAUAAAUGAGAAUUGCGGAUUUAAAGUUGUGAGAUAUUGAUCGCAUGCACAACAUUAUAUUAACAUCGUAAUAUACGUGCGUCGUGCAUCACAAACAAAACAACCGUGUGUAAAUGUUUUCCUAUAUUUCAGAA